CGAAUCUUCUAUCGUGGGUGAAGAUAGCUGUUGCUGUUGCAGUAAUCCGCUGCAAACCUCCAGGGGACUCCGCUCUGAAACAUGCUGAAAGGAUAUGCUCCAAGUUCUGGACCAAUCAGUUGUCGCUGCAGACAAAUUUCCAGCAAACAAAAGCAGAGCUUUCCCACCUGCAGAAGCAACUGACAGAGGAGAAAAAUGUUCCCAGGGGAACCGCAGAAAAAUGUCACAAUCUUUCUCCCAUGCAAGUGUUGAGCGGGAGGCACCAUGACCUGACUCCCCCACCAUCAGUGGAGUAUGUGGCUGGUCAGGUAGGACUGUCACGUCAUAUUGCAUCCAGGGGCGGCUCGUGGGGCUAAAAAGUGGGCGUGCACUAUUAAGCUAUCUUAGGCUGAAGAUAGUCAAGA